CGAGAAAAACUACGAGAAAACUGCUAGAACGGGCAAGGAGUUGCAUCACUAAAUGCGUCCUUUAAAAUUACCGUGCAAAACAAUAAUUCAAGUGUGAAAAUGCUAAAAAGUACAAGUACGAGGUUGUCAUCCCUCUGUCUGGCUGCCCAGAGGAUAAGCUUGAGUGCAGAAGUGAAGAGACAAGUGUUGAGACGGGUAGGACCCACGUGGGUGGCGCAGGUGCGAGGGAAGAAGGAUGAUUCCUCCUCGGCAAAUCUCUCAUCUCUCUUCAAACCCGUUCCUGUGAAAUCCAAUCCGGAUGACAUAAAUAUCGGAGCAGAACUCACGGGUACCCUGGACAAGGCGGAAUUGCUAAAAGUCCUUAACAAAUUCAGCCAGAAGAGAGAGAUUAAGAUGCUCUGCACGGAGAAUGGGCUGGAUAUUUAUCUCCAGCAACAGGCAUUCGCGAGCUUCCGACGAUACUGUAUGGAUGCGGAAAAUCUUCCGGCAGAUCUUCACAUAAUUGUCAGUGAUAUCCUUCAGGGAGCUGGGCAUGUUGAUGACAUCUUUCCGUACUUCCUGCGGCAUGCUAAGCAAAUCUUUCCACAUCUCGACUGUAUGGAUGAUCUCAAGAAAAUCUCUGACUUGAGAACACCGGCGAAUUGGUAUCCAAAUGCAAGGGCAAUCAACAGGAAGAUCAUCUUCCACUCCGGACCGACAAAUUCCGGGAAGACAUACCACGCUAUGGAGAGGUUCCUGACUGCAAAAUCCGGUGUAUACUGUGGUCCACUAAAACUCCUAGCCGCUGAGGUUUUUCACAAAAGCAAUGAGAGGGGAACAAGUUGUGAUUUAGUAACGGGGGAAGAGAGAAAAUUUGCCAGAGGAGAUGGAUCACCAUCUGCACAUGUUUCCUGUACAGUAGAGAUGACAUCAGUGACCCAUCCCUAUGAAGUGGCUGUAAUUGAUGAGAUUCAGCUACUGCGGGAUCCACAGAGAGGUUGGGCGUGGACCCGAGCCUUUCUUGGCCUUAUUGCAGAAGAGAUCCACGUUUGUGGUGAAGCCGGAUGUGCUGAACUUUUGCAGAAAAUCUGCACAACAACCGGGGAGAGUCUCGAAAUCCGCCACUACAAGCGACUCACAGAUCUAACAGUUGAGGAUCGUGCUCUGGGUACACUGGAAAAUGUUCUUCCGGGAGAUUGCAUCGUCUGCUUCAGCAAGAAUGACAUUUAUGCCGUGUCGAGGGAGAUUGAGGCUCGAGGGAAGGAAGUGGCAGUGAUUUACGGUGGACUUCCACCGGGAACGAAGCUUGCGCAGGCUGCUAAAUUCAAUGAUGUCAGCAAUAGUUGCAAAGUUAUGGUGGCUACAGAUGCCAUUGGGAUGGGAUUAAACUUGAGUAUUCGUCGGAUUAUUUUCUAUUCACUGAUAAAGCCCACAAUGAAUGAGAAGGGAGAGAAGGAAAUGGAUACAAUUAGCGUGUCUGCAGCACUACAAAUUGCCGGACGUGCUGGACGGUAUGGGACGCAGUGGGAAGAGGGUUUUGUCACAACAUACAAAGCUGAGGAUUUGUCCACUUUGCGGGGUCUUUUGAAUUCAAUUCCUGAUCCUCUAACACAGGCCGGGCUCCAUCCAACUGCAGAUCAAAUUGAACUGUACGCCUAUCACCUGCCCAAUUCCACGCUGAGCAAUCUCAUGGAUAUCUUCAUAUCUCUCUCCACGGUGGAUGAUUCUCUGUACUUUAUGUGCAAUACGGAGGAUUUUAAAUUCCUCGCUGAGAUGAUUCAGCAUGUACCACUACCCCUGAGAGGGCGAUACAUCUUCUGCUGUGCUCCAAUAAACAAAAAGAUGCCUUUUGUCUGCUCGAUGUUCCUCAAAUUUGCCCGGCAGUACAGCCGGAAUGAGCCGAUGACUUUCGAUUGGCUCAUGAGUCACUGUGGCUGGCCAUUUGUCCUGCCCAAGACCAUUCUGGAUCUCGUGCAUUUGGAAGCAGUGUUCGAUGUGAUGGAUCUGUACUUGUGGUUCAGCUACCGCUUCAUGGAUCUCUUCCCUGAUGCCAGAGCUGUGAGGGAUGCACAGAAGGAGCUCGAUGACAUCAUCCAACAGGGUGUUUUCCAGAUUACAAAGCUUCUACGGAAUAGUGAAACAGCCACGUCGAACAAUACACCAGAUGAGGAUUCUUUUGAGAUCAAUCAAAAGAGGCAUCACUACCUACGAGGACCACGGGCAGGAGGGACAAUCCGGGGACGCUUGACUGAGAGACUCCUUGCUCAGGGACUCCUCACACCAGCCAUGCUGCAGGAAUUGAAGCGGGAAUGGAAUGAGGGGCCAAAGCAGACAAGCACUGAUGACGACGAUGAUGAUCCAAAGCCAAAGUCGCGCUUCCGGAAAAGGAAGUCAAAGUGACGUCACUGAGAGUCGGAAUGAAGAGAGGAUGAAUAAAUGAGAUCAUAGAGGUAAA